AUGGAGGAAAAAAGACAGCUGCAACAGCAGGCCUCACGCGACAUUUGCAGCUCUCUUCUGCUGCGCGGGGCACGCAGCCGUCGCCAGCGCAUGAUGUAUAUAAGGGACGAGGAGACGCCAGAGCUGCAUCAGUCGUCAUGGCAGCCUCCACCAAGUCUCUCCUGCUCCUCUGUCUGGCUCUCGUGGUCGUGGCCGCGAUGGCGCAGGAACCUGCAGACGUACAAGCUGUCCCUAGCGGAGAUGCCGCCAGCAACCAGGAGCCGGUACAACCGGUGGUGGGCGACGGAGCUGCUGGGGACCAGUUGCUGCAAGACCGCUGGGGGGCGUCCAUUUCCUUCCAUACCGGCUGAACGAACUGCUGGCAGACUCCAGAAAUAGGAAGCUCUACUUUGCUAUAAACGUUUCUUUCUUUACAGAUUAGACAUUUAAAAUACUUUUCCUUUUUCUAUAUCAAGAGCUUCCUUUUCAUUUCUCAAAAUUCUAAACGAAAAUGUAUUACAAAAGAAUAAAUAAAUUUUAGAAUUCAAAAAAGCA